AUGGAUCGUCCACGAACUUCUUCGCACACCACCCAGCACUCCUCGUCGGACCUUGGAGCCGCUUCGGACACGCCGACAUCCGUCAUCGCGUCGUCGGCUACGGACAUGGUGGAUUCCACCGUCAACACCGCGGCUCUUGCACAGGGCAAGCUCCGCCGACAGCAGGAGCGCAUCCAGCAAGCCGAAGCCGCUCUGCACCAUCCGCCGCCCGUGGAGGCUCUCCGCCCGCGCGGCGUGGCCAAAUCGUCCGGGAAGCCUCUCGACACCCACGACCGUGCAGCACAGCGGGCCCAAGACAGCGAGGGUGCCGUGGAAGUGCGAGUCAACAAGUAUCCGGCACCUUCUCGCGACCACUCCCUUUCGCGCUCACUGUCGAGUGAUUCGCAGACCACCAUCACCCAAAAUACUGCGAAUGUUGGUGGCGCUGAGCUCGAUGCCGACUCACAGGACGAUUCUGGCUUCCAGGUAUGGACGAGACGUGGUGCCCGCGGCAUGAGAGCUGUCGGUGAUGGUAACGCGUACACCGACAAGCCCGUCAUCGAGAGGCAAAAGACCGUAGAAGCCGCAUUUGACGAGAACGAGACUUUGGAAGUCUUCAAGCAGGCGCUGCCAUCACCGGACUUCCUAGGCACCUUUCCUGGCAGUAUCAACGGACAGGUGCAAUUUGUGCAGCACCCGAACGGCGAUGUCGCUGCGCAUAUGUGGUCAUCUGUGAACUGGAUAUGGGAUAACAUUGGACAUUUCUCCAACAUUCGCAAAAGAACCGAGGGCCAGCUUGCGGGAGAAGGACUGAAGGGCGAGACCGCGUACCAGAAACUCCAGCAGCACACUUUGGCAUACUUUCGCAUCCUGGCUAAGCAGCGCGAGGCUACUGUAACCGGGUCCGCUUUUGGACAGGAAAAUAUCAAGUCAGCACUGCCCGAGCCACUUUUGGAGUCAUUCCCAAAGAGGCUGACAGCCGCCGACCCCCCAAAAGAACGAUUCAACACUCGUCCGCUCUUGCAAGUCCCAUCACGCCCGACACCAGCCGACCCCCGCUCUCAGCCGUUUAUUCCAUUGGAAGUCUCGAUUCGGCACAAACUCUACAAGCGUUGCUGCUCACCAGGUUUGGACUUGCAGCAAGCUCGUAGAGAUCUCCUGCUAACACUCUGCAGGGUUCUUCGAUCCAUGAGCGGCGACUCGACUCCCACCCGCGAAGCCCUGCGCGAUCAAUUGCACAAGACUGUCGACAUCGCCACGAAACGCAGCCUCAGCCAAGCAAACAUUGCUCGCACAGUGCUUCACGAUCCCAUGCAGGCUUCCAGACACGAUGAGCAGCAACGUUACGAUCCAAAUCCACCAGCAGUGUCUGGCACAUAUGUGAGCCCCUACGUUUCCACACCCCAACAAGAGGACAAUCGAGCUGGCCUUCAGAAUGUGAAUCCAAGCUGGGAGACUGCGCGAUCGGUUCCGAAUGCCCAACUUCCCGGAGCCCACACAGCGAGUGGGUUCACCUUUGGAAGUGUUCCAGACAUGAAUGACUUCGCUCAGGCACUUCACGACGGAUACUGGCAUCCUGACAUGAUGAUGUAUACAGCCCAGGGCUUCAAGAGGAAGAGCUAUGACGAGGAACUGCGCGACUGGUGGACCGGUGGCAGCAAGUUCGCUCGCCACGAGGAGCUGUUCCAAAUGAUCAUGAAGAGUGCACCGCAGCCACCACAACACAGCGAUGCUUUGGAACGUCUGAUGGCCAUCGGAAGUGGGUGCAGAUCGUCCCCACCAGAAGGCGUGUCCGGCUACAACGAGACCACUACGCGACUGUUCAUCCCCAUCUAUGAGAACCUAGCUGCUCACGUGCAAGGUCCGCCCCAGCAGCGCCAUGACUACUGGUGUCGAUGGUCGCAGCCACCAGACUGGUGUGUCGACAGAGGACCAAAUGGGAACCACAGUUUCUACGACCACAACUGGGGACAUCCCCCAGCUCGUAUUGGUCGUGAUCCGAGAUAUCGUCGCGAUCGCGCAGAUUUGCAAUUCGGCAACCUGUCGCCUCUGGAUCCGAAUGCAAUUGGCAGUCCCGGAGGACACCCGAUGUCGAUGGGCAUGGGUCGGUAUGGCUAUGGGAGAUACUAG